AUGGACGAUCUGCGAAAAAAGGCGAAGGUCACCAUAAAUGACGACGGCGACGAAGAAGAACGUGUCGUCUCCUCUUCUGCCAAUCGUCGUUCUACCUGUCCUUCGUUCGGCGUUGCUUCUUUGGGAAAACGAUGUCGUCCAUCGAAAAAAACUUCCCCAUCUUCGUCUUCGUCGUCGUCGUCGUCGUCGUCGUCGUCGUCAUCCUCGGCAACGUCGAAACUCGAGAACGAACCUGAGACCGAAGAAGAUGAGGAGAUCGAUCUAGACAACGACGAGGAUGUCACGUCGAAAAGGCAAAAGGAUAUUAAGAAUCGUUCAGAUUCUAAGCUAACGACUAUACAUGACAAUUGUAUGAAUCUUUCAGGACCCGUUACUGAUCUUUAA